AUGAGCAGUAGCGGCAAGGAGGGUGCGCCGUCGCGGAGGCGUGAGUCCCGUUCGGGGUCGAGGAAGGUUUCCUUGUUAUCGGCCGAACAAUUAGAGCGCAAACGGGCCAUGGAUCGCGAAGCACAGCGGUCCAUUCGACAACGGACAAAAGAGCACAUUGAACAGUUGGAACAGCAGGUCACCAUUCUGCGGACGCAAGUGGACAAUAUGCGGUCGCAAAAUCAACAAUUUGACGAUUUGGUUCGACAGAAUGCCACUCUUCAGGACGAGAUUGCUCGAUUAAAAACCCAACUGGCCAGCUUUACUGGACCCCCGAGUUUCACAAACAGCCAUGAGCAAGCUGGUCAUCAUCGCACCGGAUGGGAUGCGGUGGAAAAUUCCAACGGAUCAGCACCCAUAGUCCCUCCGACGAAUACGAUCUUGUCGCCUCAGUUUCCUCCACCUCCUCCACCACCACUAAAUCACCCGCUCUCGACCAGACUACCUCGCGCGACAUCAAGCCUGUCUAUGUCCAGUCGGUCACCCCAUCCGCACGAAUGGCAGCCAUCAUAUUCGAGCACGCGAUCCUCAUCGAUUGGGGAAUCUUCAGACCCCGAAUACCCACCUCGCAUGGAAUCCUACACAAUCGAGGGACAUCUGCAGCAGCAGCAGCAGCAAAGUUCGCGAAUGGUAGCACCUACUGUUCCUCUCGUCUCGCCCCAGAUGAGCUUCAGUAGCGCGGGGGGAACACACCAUUCUGGAUCAGAGCCAUCCUUUGGCCAGGGAUUCCACAUGUCUCAACACUCUGGACCAGGAUCUGCAUUGGACGGAUUGCCGAGUAUGGGAAGCUAUCCAUCUGCCCACCGGACAAUGUCUCUUUCCAUGCCUGUCGUGAGUGCUCCAUCUCCUGGGCAUCCAACAACUCCGUACCCGUCGGGCCCUUCCCCAUAUCCGACACACCCAGGCCAAGCUCAGCAGAGAGAUCCGUCAUUUUCGUAUCCCUGGAACCCGCAGUCGUAA